AUGAUGCUGCAGGUCAUUGCGGCUGAAGGACGGCCAACGACAUCGUCGCAAACAGCUGCUACCAACAAUCCGUGGCAAUACCUCUGCUGUGGAAUAUUCAAUGGCCAAGUCAACGCUCAGUUCCAUCACCAUGCCCCUCCUGAACGACCAGAGACUCCACUGAAGCCGUCGAUCGUCAAACCCUUCAGUCGCGACUCAGACUUUGCCAAGCGAGGGGCACUUGAUCAGAUUCACCAGAAAUGCGCUGUUCCAGGAUCUCGAACUGCGCUCGUUGGCCUGGGUCGCGUUGGCAAAUCGCAACUCGCAAUCGAAUACGCCUACCGAACUCGAGACUUCUCGCCAGAAAAAUGGGUCUUCUGGGUUCACGCAAGCAAUGCUGCCCGGUUUGAGCAGAGCUUUCGGGAGGUUGCAGAUCGUGUCAAGAUCCCGGGGCGGCAGAAUCCAACAGCCAAUAUCUUCCAGCUCGUGCACGAAUGGCUGUCUGAUGAGAAGAAGGGGAAGUGGUUUCUUAUACUUGAUAACGUGGAUGACGCACUGUUUCUCGUCGAGGCGCAAAGGACUGGACAAGAUGGGCAAGCAAGUAACACGGGGAUCGCAAAUUCACGGCCGCUUGUCUCUUACCUGCCGCAAUGCCAGAAUGGGACGGUUCUAAUUACCACAAGGACUAAGCUGGAAGCGGUACAGCUUGUGGAAGACCACGAAAUGAUUGCAGUAGGUCCUAUGAGCAAGGUUGAUGCAGUAGCACAUUGA